UGUAACCUUCCGUGGUGCGCGAUACUCCGGCUUGUCCCUCUUUGUCCGGUGGCGAUAGAAGGCCAUGAUAAUUAUGGCAAAAUUUGCGUUUUUGAAUGAAUUAUAGUUGAAUGGUGGAUCAACAAGCAUACACCGUGUGAGGACUGGUUUCUGGCAAUGACACACCAGAGAGUUUCAAUUUAAAGGACAGCAGAGCAAGCAACGGAGAAAGGGUACAGUUUGCUUCCAAGACAGUCUGCAAGAUGGCUAGCUAUCUUCAGUGGCAUGCUAACGUUAGCUAGCAAGCUAAUGUUAGCAUAGUAAACAACAGUUUUCAAAACAUGAUCAAUUGCUUUAUCUUAUACAUGCUGUGAUAAGUGGAAUUGAGUGCACAUUUUCACAAAUGACUGUAGAAAGGCAAAUCACAGUUUUUGGAUUAAUGUUGCAGUGUUUCCGCUCCUGGGUAAAAGAUCAGCGCUGCUAGCAAAGCCACAUUGAGUAACGUGGCUAGCUGGUUAGCCGAAGGUAGAAACUAGCUCGCAUUAGCUAGCUGGUGGACUUGUUUGCUACACAUCUGUAAGUGAUCAUUCAUAGAGGGAGGUGGAGGUGGUGGUGGGGGGGUGUGUGCUCUGUGACUUGCUUGUACUGGCAGUCAAGCCAGGUAGCAAGCAGCCAGCCUCACUCCGCUAGUAGGGUCUGGUUUGCAACGGGACGAACUUGUGCUAAAUAACGUGAACCAGCUGAGCUUUACCUGACGCUCAUUUGGUGACCAAAUCCCGGCGUGACAGACACCGUGGCGAAAGAUUUGCAGCUGCAAAGGAGUUUGCGGACCUGGGCCGGCGUGUUAAUCUAAUCUACGUGUUAAUAAACUGCUCUGAUCAUAACCAUUUGAACGUGAGUGACAUGACCUGAAGGCAGAUUCCUCCCACUCGGCUCAUAGCCUUCAAGACGUCGUCAUUUUUUAACUUUUUUUUUUUCUUGCACACGAACGGUGAUAUGCCACUUCACCGACAGUCAUAUUAGCUAAUGGCUACCGAAUCGGGGAGACCACAGGCGGGACAAGGAAAACGAAGCAGCAAAGCUUCACAGAUGAAGAGCCCGGAGAAGAAGAAGGCGAGGAAAUCCACCAACCAGGCGGCAGGAUUCUCCCACCUCACGGAGUUUGCCCCCCCUCCUACCCCCAUGGUGGACCACCUGGUCGCCUCCAACCCCUUCGACGAUGACUUUGGGCCUCCAUCCCGACCCAGUGUGGCAGGUGGACCAGGAACUGCUCCAUUUCUUCCCAGCCCAGGUGGAGGAGGAGGAGGAGGUGGGUAUGGUGGUGGUGGCAGAAUGGGCGUAGGCAUGGGUUUCAUGGGAGGCCCAGCAGGACCAGGGGGCGGCCCACCUGGACGGAGGCCGCCGUUUGGACCUCCAUCAAACGCUGGUCCUCACCACCAGCUAGGCUUUGGUGGAAUGCCUGGCUUUGGAGGUGGCGGUGGGGGCGGCAGUGGGGGAGGAGGUGGCGGUGGAUUCCCCCCUGGCGGCCCUUCUCAGUUCAACAUGCCACCAAACUUUAGCCCACCCAUGCUCCCCGGGCAAGGAUUCAAUCCCAUGUUGUCUCCGGGGGCUAUGGGAGGUCCUGGGGGGGGGCCACCCCACCCUAGGUUUGGCAUGCCUCCACAGCAGCAGCACGGACAGGGUGGACACCCAUUCAACAGCCCACCGUUACCUGGUGGUGGAGGUCCCAGAGGGCCCCCACAUGGCCCCCUGCCUCCCAUGGGAGGAGGCAUGGGUCCCGGGAUGAACAUGAUGGGUGGAAUGGGUGGUGGCCCCGGAGGCAACAUGGUGGGUGGGUUACCAGGUAUGCCCCCUCAAGGACAGUUCCCUCCCUCGCAGGAUGGGCCCUACCCUGGCCCCAGUCCGCCAGGGCCAGGCAACGAGGACGUUAAAAACUUUGGUGGAGGAGGGCCUCCUGGGCCGCAGCAGCAGCAGCAGCAGCAGCAGCAGCAACAACAACAACAACAGCAGCAGCAGCAGCAGCAGCAGCAGCAGCAGCAACAGCAGCAGCAGCAACAGCAGCAACAGCAGCAACAGCAACAGCAGCAACAGCAGCAACAACAGCAGCAACAGCUUAGCCUAAAUCCCAACGGCCCCCCUCCUAAUAAUACCACUCCUGGCCCACCUAACUCUGGCCCACCGCAGCCAGGAGGAGGCUUCCCCGGCCACCCUGACGUCCAGCAGCCCAAUUCCAAUACACCUGGUCAGCCUCCCUCAGCACCGCCACAGCCGAACCCCAACUCUUCUCCUACUGGUCCCCUGAAUGGAUCAGGCCAGCCACAGCAUCCACCGCCCAGUCAGCUACAACCCCCCAACAAUACAAACACCCCCAACUCAAACAACUCUACCCAGCAGCAGCAGCAGCAGUCCACCCCGCCUAACUCUGCCCCCGGCUCCACUCCCUACAACCAGCAGAACAACACUCCCGGUGCUGGUGGUCCCAUGCCAAAUGCGCCCCACCAGGGUCAGAACAGCAUGUCCAACAACAACGGAGGCAACACUCCGGGCAGCAACCCCAACCCCUCUAACUCCACCUCCACCCCAAACACCCUCCCCCUGCCCACCGGCCCCGCCGCCCCCUCGACUGGGCCUGGCUCCGGCCCCGGAAAACUCGGCGGCCCCGGGAUGGUCUUCCCUUGUGGCCUCUGCAUGGCGGAGGUGCACGACGAUCAGGACGCCAUCCUGUGCGAGGCCUCGUGCCAACGCUGGUUCCACCGUGACUGCACGGGCCUGACGGAGCCGGCGUACGGGCUGCUGACACGAGAGAGCGCUGCUGUCUGGGCCUGUGACUUCUGCAUCAAGACCAAGGACAUCCAGGCCGUGUUUGUGCGCCAGGGAUUAGGCCAGCUGGUGGCAGCUAACGAGAGCUGAGGAGUCGAUGACAAAAGAGCAGCGUGGAGGUGCAUCACAUUAAGGACAAAUGGAGACAUUCUUUGCUUUGAUCUAACUGAAUGACCUGUGUGUCAUGUCAGAAUCUCGUCCACCUUUCUCUUGACUAGCCCUUUACUUGUUCACUACACAGAGAAACACGCUCAUUGACAUUCAUUGCUUAUAUACAGCACUUUGAGUGACUCUUGGUAAAUGAUUUUUCUUCCUCCACCCCCUAAACGAGACAACAACAUGAUGAAUGUUAAACUACACAGUCCCUCAGACAUCUAGCCUGCCAACCAGCAAAGCACUGACACCAACACACUACCUCACACACUUUGUGACUGACUGGCACGGACGCUCCCAGCAACGACUGACUGAUCGACUCUACACACUCGUGCACCACAUGAGUAUGAUGACAUUUCAAACACACUUACCCACGUUAGGCGGAGAACGCAGUGUUGAAAUAUUCCCCUAGUGUGUAUUGAUACAAUGGCCCAAAUCAACAGCGUAAUUCUCUCUUAUCAUGGCUUUAAAUUCAAACAUACAUGAUGUAUAAAUUCUAAAGAAUGGAGAAAAAAACAUUUGAAAGAGUGCCUGAAAAUUCUAAAAGGGACUUGAUUGUCAUUCAUGAAUUGAUUCACAGCUUUAUUUGCCAUCAGAAAUGCAUCAUUUUAUUAAUACCCUAUCACAUUGUCUUUUUACUUCAUACAAGUGAAAGAACAUCGAGAACUACAUCAGUACAUUGCAGCGUUAAAUCGCAAGUGUUUUGUGAAACAAAUGUAAUUUUUGGGGGGGGGGACCUUUUUUUUUUUUUUUUUUUUUUUUUUUUUUAAUUCUCUGUCAGUUCCUCAACCCACACACAUGCACACAGACACACACUUUGACCACAUACAUCCGUCAUUUGGUACCCAGCGCUGAUUAAUCCAAAGGAGACCCCGGCCGAGUUUUCUUCCACUUCAGAGAGAUAGUUGUAAAUAUUAGGGCAAAACAUUUGUCUGGGACUUCCAUCAGUUGUGAACAUGCUACAGAGUUGACCAAUGAACAAAAUAAUGAGUUAAGCUUAUGUGUCUUGGUUGUAUACAGUAUGAUGUUUUGGUUUUUAUACAGUACAUUUGAGUCAACCAUUUCUUUUUUUUUUUCUCUGCAGUACACAUGAAUUGUGAAGUCAGUGCGUUUGGAUGGUGUUGGCAAAGCAAGUAGUGACAUCAUGUCAUCGGAUGUGCAUAGUCAUUUAAAAAAAUAAAUAUAAAAAAAGAGUCUAGGACGGGGGGGUGCAUGUGAACCAAUGCAGUAACUGUCUGAUCUGUUUAUGUUUAUAUUCUGGCCUCUGCGCUGCUAGAGGCCUUGAAGUAGACCAAAUAACUUAAGAGCGAACAAUACCCAUUUUUCACAUUUCUGUCGCGGUAUAAGGUGUUCAUAGCUAUUCUUCCCUCUGUCUCUCUUUACUUUUCUUUAUUCAAUGUCCAAGUUGCCUUUCUUUUUCUUGCUCUCUCAGCUGUUCCUUUUUAUUUUGUACUGGUAUCCGUGCUGUGCUCUUGCUCUUGCUCUGCUCUGGCGCCUCCUGGUGGAACCUGGAGGGACCAGUGAGUCCCACACCAGGUGGGGAAGGGAAAGGUACUGAACUCUGAAGUAAAAGACAGAAUUUUUUUUGUACUUGUCCAUGUCUGUUUUUAUUCACAUUUUUUUUAUUUGUUUGCUAAUUGUUGUAUUAAAAUGAGGGUUGGAAAACCCGAUGA